CUCUUUUUGCGUUUCUUUUCCCUCCGGUUUCCCCCCCUCCAUCUCUCUUUUCUACUCUUCGCUUCUUCUCCUCCUUCCCGUGUGACCACAGUCCACCGUCCCCCUCGUCGGUACCUGAUUCCGCCGUCUAGCCGCUGCUCAGGCCCGGCAGUCCGUGGCGCCACGCCCAGCCGUAGUUCGAAUCUCCACCCGACUCAUCCGCCCUCCACUUCCCCCACCCACAAACCGCCGCCUCAACCCCUCCCCUACCGCUUCUAACCUAGGGAGGAACAUUUGUUCUGCUAUUGGAAAUAGGAGAUGAGGAAGGUUCAAGCAACCUUGCAAUUCAGUAAGCAGCCGUACAUCGAAGAUGUUGGUCCUCGUAGGAUAGAAAGCAUUCAAUUUUCAACAUUCUCUGGAACUGAAGUACUAAAAACUGCUGAAGUUGAAGUUUCUCGUGGUGUCUAUUAUGACUCCACUAAAAAGCCUAUUGACAAUGGUUUGCUAGACCCUCACAUGGGACCUCCAAACAAGAAUGGAUUUUGUAAAACGUGCUAUGGUAAUUUUCGGGAAUGCCCAGGGCAUUGUGGAUAUUUGGCUCUCGCUCUUCCUGUAUAUAACGUUGGAUAUUUAAGUACGAUAAUAGAUAUAUUGAAGUGCAUCUGCAAGAAGUGCGCCAGAGUGCUUCUUGAGGAGAAAGAGCGUCAGGAAUUUCUAAAGAAGAUGAGGAAUCCAAAACUUGAGCCUUUGAAGAAGAAUGAGAUACUGAAAAAAGUAGUGAAGAGGUGUAAUGCCAUGGCAGGAAGUAAGAGAGCUGUGAAGUGCUCGAGAUGUGGAUAUAUAAAUGGCAUGGUUAAAAAGGGACCUCUGAAGAUCCAGCAUGAUCGUGCGAAAAUUGUUGACAGUGACUUGGAGGAAUGUCAAUCUGCUGUUUCCCAUACAAAGGACUCCAAAGGGAAUGUCAAUUUUUCUUCUAUAAUUGACCCUAAGUUAGUCUAUCAACUACUGAGAAAUAUGCUGGAUGAGGAUUGUGAGUUGCUUUAUCUAAAUGAUAGACCAGAGAAACUUAUGGUCACAAAUAUUCUUGUGCCACCAAUUGCCAUACGACCUUCAGUUUUUGUGGAUGGUGGAACACAAAGCAAUGAGAAUGACAUCACAGAGAGGCUAAAACGUAUCAUCCAAGCAAAUGCUAGUCUUCGUCAAGAACUAUUGGAAACAAACCUAUAUAACAAGAACCUGACUAGCUGGGAUGAUCUGCAAAUGGAGGUUGCACAGUAUAUCAAUAGUGAUGUCCGUGGAUUGCCAUUCCACAUGACCACUGCCAAGCCAUUGAGUGGUUUUGUUCAGCGCCUCAAAGGAAAGCAGGGACGGUUCCGUGGCAACUUAUCAGGGAAGCGUGUAGAGUAUACUGGCAGAACAGUUAUAUCUCCUGACCCAAAUUUGAAAAUUAGUGAGGUUGCUAUUCCUAUCCUAAUGGCUCGGAUUUUAACUUAUCCUGAGCGUGUUUCACAUCAUAAUAUAGAGAAAUUGAGGCAAUGCGUUCGUAAUGGCCCCAACAAAUAUCCUGGCGCAAAGUUUAUACGGCAGCCUGAUGGUACUGAAAUAUCAUUAAUGUUUUCAUCUAGAAAGCGCCAUGCAGAUGAGUUGAAGUAUGGUUACAUUGUGGAUCGUCAUCUGGAAGAUGGAGAUAUUGUCUUAUUUAACAGACAACCAAGUUUGCAUCGAAUGUCAAUCAUGUCCCAUCGGGCAAGGAUAAUGCCUUGGCGCACCCUGAGAUUCAAUGAGUCAGUUUGCAAUCCAUACAAUGCUGAUUUUGAUGGUGAUGAGAUGAAUAUGCAUGUACCACAAACUGAAGAGGCCCGUACUGAGGCUCUUAUGUUGAUGGGGGUGCAAAACAAUUUAUGCACUCCAAAGAAUGGUGAAAUCUUGGUUGCUUCAACGCAAGAUUUUUUAACUUCAUCCUUUCUUAUAACAAGAAAAGACACCUUCUAUGAUCGCGCUUCCUUUUCGCUUAUGUGUUCAUAUAUGGGUGACGCAAUGGACCCAAUUGAUCUACCAACACCAGCCUUAGUUAAGCCAGUGGAGCUUUGGACUGGUAAACAGUUAUUUAGCGUACUAUUGCGUCCUCAUGCAAAAAUGAGAGUAUAUCUAAAUCUUACAGUAGCAGAAAAGAGUUAUGGGAAGUCUAGAGAGACAAUGUGCCCGAAGGAUGGAUUUGUUUAUAUCCGUAACAGUGAGCUAAUCAGUGGGCAGCUUGGGAAGGCUACAGUAGGAAAUGGGAGCAAAGAUGGUCUUUACUCUGUGCUUCUCAGGGAUUACAGUGCACAUGCUGCUGCCACUUGCAUGAACCGUUUAGCAAAGUUAAGUGCUCGAUGGAUAGGAAAUCAUGGAUUCUCAAUUGGAAUCAAUGAUGUGACCCCUGGUGAUGUAUUAAACAAGGAGAAGAAGUUGACAAUUGAUAAGGAGUAUGGCCAGUGUACCGACUAUAUAGAGAGCUAUAAUUCUGGCAAGCUGGAGCUGCUACCAGGCUGCAAUAGGGCUGAGACACUUGAAGCCAAGAUAACUGGAACCCUUAACAAUAUUCGGGAAAGAACUGCAAAUGUCUGUAUGAAGAAUUUAAAUUGGAGGAAUAGCCCCCUAAUCAUGUCACAAUGUGGUUCCAAAGGAUCUCCUAUCAAUAUCUGCCAGAUGAUUGCAUGCGUGGGCCAGCAAUCCGUUGGAGGUCGUAGAGCUCCAAAUGGAUUUGUUGAUCGAACUCUGCCUCAUUUUGAAAGAGGAGCUAAGGACCCAGAUGCUAAAGGCUUCGUUCAGAAUUCCUUUUAUACUGGUUUAUCUGCAACUGAAUUUUUCUUCCACACCAUGGGGGGGAGAGAAGGUCUUGUGGAUACAGCAGUUAAAACUGCUGACACAGGGUAUAUGUCUCGUAGACUUAUGAAAGCUUUGGAGGACCUAUCAGUGCAGUAUGACAAUACAGUGAGAAAUGCCAGUGGUUCCAUUGUUCAAUUUGUGUAUGGGGGUGAUGGUAUGGACCCUGCACAGAUGGAAGAGAAAAGUGGGCUUCCACUUAACUUUGAAAGAUUAUUCAUGAAAGCCAAGGCCACCUGCCCUGCAGCAGAGGAAAAGAGUUUAAAUACUGAAGAAAUAAAGAAAAUAGUGAACGAGAUGAUUGAGGAAAGGCUCCCAAAAUCGACCAUGGAUCUUGAAGAAGAGUGCUUAAAGGAUCCUCCUCCAUCGGAUACGCCAUCUAAAAAGGAGACCUUGGAGACUUUUGAUAAAUCAUUAAAAAGUUUCAUUGAGAAGAAACAUCCUAGCUCAGAUCUGAUGCUCAAAUUGAAUGAAGGGGGAUAUUCUGGAGAGGAUCAGGUUUCUCUGGAAAAACUGGCUUCAAAUGUAUCUGGGAUUACUAGGAACCAACUAGUGGUCUUCCUAGAAACCUGCAUAACUCGUUACAAUUCAAAGAAAAUCGAAGCUGGUACUGCAAUAGGUGCAAUUGGAGCUCAAAGUAUUGGAGAGCCGGGAACACAGAUGACAUUGAAAACUUUCCAUUUUGCUGGAGUUGCGAGCAUGAAUGUUACCCUUGGAGUUCCACGGAUAAAAGAAAUUAUCAAUGCUGCUAAGAGGAUCAACACACCAAUCAUUACUACAGCUCUGCAGUCUAACGAUAAUGAUAUAAUUGCUAAAUUAGUGAAAGGACGUAUUGAAAAAACGCUUUUGGAGCAGGUAGCUAAGAGUAUAAAGACUUCGCAAGCAUCAAGGUCAGCGUCCAUAGUAAUAACACUCGACAUGAAAAGAAUACAAGGUGCACAACUGUCCAUUGAUGCAUAUACUGUAAAAGAAUCAGUCCUACAAACUCCAAGGAUGAAACUGAAGGAGCAGCAAGUUAAGGUAUUGAAUCCCAGAAAACUCGAAGUUGUUCUGCAGGCUGAUAGAAGCAAACUUCAUUUUGAGGUUCACGCAAUUAAGAAUAAGCUCUCGAAAGUUGUUGUGAAGGGAAUCAAUUCUGUUGAACGUGUUAUAAUAGUGAAUGAAGCAAAGGAAAAGGAUCCAACUCGUAAAAAGCUGAAGUUACUAGUAGAGGGGACUGGUCUUUUAUCUGUUAUGGGCACUGAUGGAGUUGAUGGUAAGAACACGACAAGUAAUCACAUCAUAGAAGUACAGCAGACACUUGGGAUUGAAGCAGCAAGGAAGAAAAUAAUUGAAGAGAUACAUUUUACCAUGUCAAGCCAUGGCAUGACGAUAGACAUACGGCACAUGAUGCUUCUGGCAGAUUUGAUGACAUUUAAGGGUGAAGUCCUGGGAAUAACAAGGCAUGGAGUGCAGAGAAUGAGGGACAGUGUACUGAUGCUUGCUUCAUUUGAGAAGACAGCAGAUCACCUUUUCAAUGCUUCUGUGAGUGGGAGAGUGGAUAGGAUUGAAGGAGUUAGUGAAUGCAUCAUUAUGGGCAUACCCAUGCAAAUUGGGACCGGAAUGCUUAAAGUUAGGCAAAGUGUGCAGCCUGUUGAGUUAAACUAUGGUCCAGACCCAAUUAUAUGCUGAAAUUCUCAAAGAAGGGACUUGUUCCUUUAAGAGGCAUCUGAUUCUGCAAGGUUGCUCAGAUGACAGUGUAUUGGAAGACUCGAGGAUGAACUUAUGGGUUGCAUUUAUGUACAGAAAUCUGCAGGUUAAAGCUGGCGUUCUCAAUCUGAUUGUGCAGAUGCAGUCUUUGGUCAAAGUUUGCUGCACAUUGAUGUUCAUGUACAUACAGUUGUAAUCUAUUUAUAUACGAAGAGUCCCAGCCUCUGGGUUUCCUUUUUCACCUCACGUAGUGUAGAUUGCAUAUUUUGGUUCCCAUUUGAGAAUGGGAAGUCUUAUCUGAUCCUACCAAUUCACAUGCUGCAAACAGUCUGGUUUGGCGAGAAAGCCAUGGCAACUCACUGAAUACAAGUUUCAUCUCGAUCUUGAGCACUUACAGAGUCAUCACUGGAUUGGCUUAGCAACUGCAGCUUGAAAUCCUUGAACUGUAUGAUAAUUCAGAGUCAAUUCUCCAUCCAUCCAACAACGGAUUGACUUGCAAUAUUUGCUGCCAUGCGACAGUUUUCUCAUUGUUUGACAGCACCUACUAGGCAUGUUUGGUUUUUAUCUAUAUCCGGUACCUGUUCAAGAUUAUUAGGUUAUGUACAUUCAAAGUUUUGUUCUACUUCUAGAAUAGGUAACCCCAAGUGACUAAAUGUAGUGUGGUAUCACAACUGGAAUGUGAUCUCGAUUGAGCAGUAUGGAACUAUUCCGAGUAACUCGAUAAUUAUAAACAUGUUAUGUGGUUUUAGAAUUAAUAUAUAGUGUAACUUGAGUUCAGCUUCAAAUAUUAUUGAAAAGGAAAAUAUAUUUGAGUUUUGUCGUCCUGAUUCGGUUUAAACCAUUAAUCAGUUUGCCA